GCUUACGUCUGUCUCGACACAACAUACGUACAGAGCUGCGCGUUCACUCUUUUCGGAUCAGCAACAAUGAGGGUUUUGCACAGCUUUGUUUCUUCACUACUCCUUUCGAGUGCAGCGAUUGUAUCUGCUGCUUCCUCGUGGAGCUUUGAAGAUGCUACUGUUUCGGUUACGAGCAAAGGUGCUGGUGUAGGCGGAGGUUCCAAGGACAGUCUGAGCCCUUCGAAGCCGCUCGGAAAGUCCGUAUCACUGGGCGCGACUGACACGUUGAAGCUCGUCCUUACCACAGUCGAUGGAGGCACUGCGAAGCGUCCACACCAAGCAUACUUGACUCUGACCGACCCUGUCACUGGCGUAGAAGACUCGUUUGUGUUUAGUGUGAAGGAUAGUGGAAAGGGCAAAGUCGACCUGUCUCACAAGGAUCUACCCCAUCAAUUCUUGACAGCCGAGAAACCAAUUGCUGCGUCCAUUGUCAUUGGGUCGCUUGGUUCAUCCAAGCCGUACAAGAGCAAGGUGUUUGACCUUAACGUCACUCGCGACACCAGCAUUCCUCUAAGCGUCCCCAACCCGCCAGUGCGCUUCGCCGCCGAGCCCGAGAUCCAUCACAUCUUCCGCGACGACCCCAAGUCUCCACCAAAGGUCAUAACUCUUGUGUUCGCGGCUGCUGUUGCUGCUGCGCUGCCCAUCCUGCUUGGAGCAUGGGCUAUUUUGGGCGCAAACGCUAGCCAUUUGGGCAAGGCCCUGGGUAACGCCCCUGUGUCGCACGCCCUUUUCUACGGUUCUAUACUGGCUAUGGAGGGUAUCUUCUUUUUGUACUACACGACUUGGAACCUUUUCCAGACCCUGCCAGCUGCUGCUGCCGUCGGAAUCGUUGCCUUUUUGAGCGGCAGCCGAGCUCUGUCCGAGGUUCAGGAGCGUCGACUGGCUGGCUUGAGAUAGGUAGAGGUGGGAACUGAAAAUGGCACUAUGGUCUGAACAUCGAAGACAAGAAUCCGAAAGGGGGUCAUGGAUGGCAUACAAAACGCCACUAAGCGCGGAAAAAGGACAACAAUGGGACUAUUGUAUAUUAUGCAUGCUGAAUGAUUAAAUACUAGAAUACAGGCUGGGCUCACUGCGAUACCAGCAAGUCCAUGCACUUGGAAGUGUGUAUGGUGUCCUUUUUUUCCGUUAUGCCACCUACAGAUGAUUACCCUUGUGAUUAGGAUAUGGGACGAG